CAGGUCGGCCCUGUACCGGAGUACAUCUACGGUAACCCGUCUAACGGGCACCCAAAUGAGAUGCAGGCAUUACCCCCCCCAGCCGGACAUGAGCCGGCGCCAGGAGCACUACCCAUAUGGCGCCCCACCUCCCCCGCAGCCGGGACAACAGCAGCAACACCACGCCGCCCCGGUCCAACCCCCAAUGGGACAUCCCCAGCCUCCUCAAGCUCCACACCAGCAGGCCCAGACUCCCACCCCCGCCCCGGCGCCGACUCCGAGACAACGAAAGCGGCCGGCGCCACAGUCCUCCCACCAGCCUGCUCAUGCUCCACAGCAUCAGCCCGCGCCGAUCCCACCUCAGGCCCAGCAGCCCAUCCCCGCUGUCGCACCUCCUCAACCGACUGCGCAGACCCCCGGCCAUCCGCCCUCGGCUCCCAUGACCACACCGUCCGCUCCCACGACAGCCCCCGCGCCCCCGGCACCGACUGACGAUGCGAACUCGACUCCAAAUCCACCACCCGCGAAGAAGAGUCGGACCAACACCCCGUGGACCCCCGCGGAGGAGCACCGUCUGAAGCAGAUGCGUGACGCAGGUAACAGCUGGGCAGAGAUCGCUAAGACCUUUCCAACUCGGACUGAGGGUAGUGUUAAAAAACACUGGUACAAGGACAUGCAUUAUGCCGAGUUUGCUGAAGAUGAGAGCCAAGCGCUUCUUAAUGCCAUCAAGGAGUACGAGAACAACAAGUGGAAGGUCAUUGGGCAGAAGGUUGGCAAGCCUGCCAAGGCAUGUGAACAAUAUGCCAAAGAGCACUUUCCUGAUCUUUUUGCGACUCCGAAGAACAGAUAGGGCUUUGGAGACUUCGUAUCCUUGCUCAGAGAUCACGGUGCACCUAAUACUUUGGGUGGAGAUGACGACACCGCAUUCGUGGUCCCUUCUUUUUCUGGCGUCUUGAUUACCUUCAUUAUCGCCCAUUCCCCGCUUUACGAGCUCACCACCUCGCUCUGUUUUGGUCCGUCGCGAGUCUAGGGAGGCGCCGGUUCGGGAAAACAAAUACUGCACCUGUAUUUGAUUCUUUCACCAUCCGCGACUGCUUCAUACGGGAAGUUCAUUGCGUUUCCACGCCUGUCGCUGUCACUGGGUGGUCUGUAUUUCAAUUCUGUCAUU